AUGACGUCAUUUUUUUGUUGCUUACUCCAAAGCUUAGAAACGGACCAAGAAGAACUUCGGAUGGCUGCGUUGUACUGUUUAUCACAGUUGGCACAAUCUAUUCACAAAAUACAUCAAGAUAAGUCAAUAGAUGCAUCUUUGGUCCAGUAUUUCGAUAAUAUAAAAUCCCCUUGUUCAUCAAGCGAGCUAAGCCAAAGAUCCGGCUCUGGUGACCAUGAAUGUCACCCAGAGUAUAUGGUCGAGGAGUUGUGUAAGGUUUUAAUAACAUUGUUCAUGAAGAUAGAACUUGAGACUAUGAGGUACCAGUGUUCUCAAGAUGAGCUUUGGCCUCGGGUUUGUUCGUGCUUAGCUUCAGUACUAGCCGUAAGUUGUCGCGGUCGACUUUAUGGGAUUCACGUAGACUUCCCAAGAGUACUGUUGGCUUCUCUACAAGGAGUGCGGGAUCAUCUGUCUGUGUUGGGAAAACCCGUUGAAACAAUACGGAACGCAAACCAUAGUCCAACUAUGCGAGUGCUUUAUUGGAUGUUGAUGGUGAUCGGCUCGUGUAUGGUGGAUUGUAUUGCCGCUAAGGAAUGUUUCGCGGACGGCGGCAUCUCUGCAUCCCUCAAUAGACUGUGGCCCUGGUGUAUGAUUACCGACCAGUUACGGCGUGCUACUUUAAUCCUGCUCUUUAACUUCACCAAUGGAUGUCCGAAAGCGUGGUCUUGUAUGUGCACGUGCGUGGGUGGGCGGUGUUUGUUGGGGGAGGUGUGCACGUUAUGUGCGCGCGAGUGUACGCUGCAGUCGAGCACGCGUCCGUGUUCACUGCUGCUAUUAUGUAUACACACGUUGCGACAUUGCGCCGAUCAUGCUCAGUGCCGCUCCAACAUACUCAAGAGUGACAUCUUACUGGUGCUAUUCAAAAGUAUAAUCCGAGAGCGUGGUCGUGGUGGCAGCACUGGCGUAUGUUGGACCCGUCUAGCGUGCGCAGUGUCGCGAUAUUCCGACGGUAGUGCGGCGCUACUGUCGCUGCGCGCGCAGCUUCCCUCUCUCCCGCCGAAUCUUCUCGGUCUAGCAUUACCUGCGCUUGCGCACGCCGCCCAUCAUCAUCGACAAACUUUGCUGCAAGCACCGGAUCUACUUGAGUUGUUGGCUGGCACUUUAUUGGCGGGAGACACCACAGAAAUGGUAUCUGCAGCGCGCGCUGUCUGGGCGCUAGCUGCUAAUAACCAUAAGGCGAAACUCCUUCUCCGCAGCGCUGGCGUCGCCGCCGCAGUACAAUCAGCGUUGCAGCGUUUACGACGUGCAAACAAGGAUCCUUCCUCGCAGCGAGCGUUGGAACUUCUAACAUACACCAACACAGUACUGCAGGCCACGUGA